CCCUGACCCGCGAACGCAUCCGUGACUCCAGCGUCGAGCAGGGACCCUGGCGCCUUCGGUUGAUCCGUAAAUAAAACAAAAAUCUAUCCAGUAAAGGGCUUUCAUGAAGAAAUUAAAGAGAGAAAUUACAAGUAAUAGAGAAUCUAAGCAUUUGUGUAACUGGAGAAACCACCUAAAACAACUGUAUGGAGUAGGACGAAAGGAGUGAAUACACCUGGAAGAAAUUUUACUCAGUAUGAUAUUUUUGCCCACUUUUUUGUCAUAAAAGUCUGCUAAGGAAGAGAACAUAUAGUUUUCUAAAGAAAAGGUGUAAUGUAAGAAUGGAGACCACAGUUUCUGAAAUUCAAGUAGAAAACAAGGAUGAGAAGAGAUCGGCAGAAGUUAGUCCUCAGAAGGAGAGGCAGGAAGAAAACGCAUCAAUGCUUUGCUUCAAGAGAAGAAAGAAAGCAGCCAAAGCAAUGAAGCCCAAAGCUGGCUCUGAAGCUGCUGAUGCAGCAAGGAAGUGCUCCCCAGAAGCAGGAGCUUCUGAUCAGCCACAGCCCCCAGGGGGGGCCUGGGCCUCAAUCAAACGCCUUGUAACACGAAGGAAAAGGUCAGAUUCUUUAAAGCAGCAAAAGUCCUUUGAGGCUGAGGUGCAACCUGAAAUCAAUGCUGAGGAUGCUGAUCCUUCUAAGAAAAAGGCAAAAUCCAGACUCAAGAUUCCCUGCAUAAAAUUCUCAAAAGGGGAGAAAAGGAAGCAUUCCAAAAUUAUAGAAGACUCAGACCGCAGCAUCAAAGUCCAGGGAGAGGCUGAGAGUUUGGAUACAAAAACUCUGACCCAGUCAGAUGACAAGGCAACAAAGACCAAGUCGACCCAGGAUAUAAGGGAAGAUGUCUCACAGAAAGAGGGUGAUGAGGUCUGUGAAUCAAAUGUGAACAACAGCAUAACUUCUGGAGAGAAAGUGAUUUCGGUAGAACUGGAGUUAGAUACGGGGCAUUCUGCUAUUCAAACAGGAACUCUAAUCCUUGAAAAAGAUAUUGAAACGAUUGAGGAAAAACAAAGCGUUCAACCUCAGCAAGCAAGCCCACUGGAAACUCCAGAUACAGAAUGUCAGCUUCCAGUAGUUUCUGAUGUUCCUCCCUCACCUGCACUCCCAGAUCAACAAAGUGUGGAAGGAGCCAGAAAUGAUACCCUAGAAAGUGGACCAAACUGGAAAGACCAUGAAAGUAGAGAGACUAUAAUUCAGGAGAGUGAGCCAAAAGAUGCUGAAUUGAGCCAGGAAUCAGAUUUUAAAGAAAAUGAAAUCACAGCAGAAAAACCCAAACCAGAAGAAAGCAAAAGAAUGGAGCCAAUUGCUAUUAUUAUCACAGACACCGAAAUCAGUGAAUUUGAUGUUCAGAAGUCUAAAAAUGUCCCUAAGCAGUUCUUAAUUUCAGUUGAAAAUGAGCAAGUAGGGGUUUUUGCUAAUGAUAGUGGUUUUGAGGGUAGAACUUCAGAACAAUAUGAAACACUCUUAAUAGAAACAGCUUCUUCUCUUGUCAAGAAUGCUAUCCAGUUGUCCAUAGAACAGCUGGUUAAUGAAAUGGCCUCUGAUGAUAAUACAAUAAACAAUCUUCUACAGUGAUUUAGUUUCCAGAUCAUGGGAGGAAGAAAAGCUUAAUGGUGAAGUAUUUUACAUAUUUGUGGCAUUUCUUAUUCUGUAACAAAUGAGAGAAAUACCAUCUGUGGAAUUUAAAGGUACAAUUCCAGCCCAGAAGUGCUAAAGAAUUAAUCAAGUUACAAAACCCUCCCUACCACUGCCAUGAAGCCACUUCUGGAUUGGAGGAGGUCAGUACAGAGUGCAAUGCAAGGUGACAUCCAGGGAGUUGCUAAAAUGGCAUGUGGAGAUUAGGGUGCUUGAGGGAGGAUGUAUUUAUUGAGCACUUGUGGUAUACCAUAAGCUCUUUAAUAUCCUCUGAUGUCAUAAAGCCUGGUUCUGCUUGAUACAUCUGUGUAUAGGUGAAUAUUGCAUUCAGUUUUCAACCUUUUUUUUUUACACUGCACUUUUAUGUUGUUUAAAAUGGUGAAUAAGGUGAGCUAUUUUUGUAAAUGUGUGAUUUAUAGUUGUUACACUCCUAGGCAGUAGUCUUAACCCCCCCUCCAAAUAUUGGAGGCAAAAAAAAAAAAAAAUAUAUAUAUAUAUAUAUUGCUUAGUUAAACAUGAGUGAUAUUCUAGUCUUGCUCAGGUCUCUUACAAAAGCCACUCACAAAUUACUUCAAACAGGCAAAUAAUUACCAAGUGCAAAGGUGGGGAAAUGGGGAGUGCAUUUUCCCUCUCCAUCUUUCUUCUGCCCCAACAGACCUGUGUAAAUCCAUUUAUGCAUGGGAUCAUCUGCUGAAAAGUCAAAAAACAAAACAACAGCAACAAUAAAAACAAAAA